AGCUGUAGGUAAAACUUGCCUACUGAUCAGUUAUACAACCAAUGCAUUUCCUGGAGAGUAUAUCCCCACUGUUUUUGACAACUAUUCUGCCAAUGUUAUGGUAGAUGGAAAACCUGUGAAUCUGGGCUUAUGGGAUACAGCUGGACAAGAAGAUUAUGACAGAUUGCGCCCCCUCUCCUAUCCACAAACAGAUGUUUUCUUAAUUUGCUUUUCCCUUGUGAGUCCUGCAUCAUUUGAAAAUGUCCGUGCAAAGUGGUAUCCGGAAGUGCGACACCAUUGUCCCAACACUCCUAUCAUCCUAGUGGGAACUAAACUUGAUCUUAGGGAUGAUAAAGACACAAUUGAGAAACUGAAGGAGAAGAAGCUGACUCCCAUCACCUAUCCACAAGGGUUAGCCAUGGCUAAGGAGAUUGGUGCUGUAAAAUACCUGGAGUGCUCAGCACUCACACAGCGAGGCCUCAAGACAGUGUUUGAUGAAGCUAUCCGAGCAGUUCUCUGCCCACCUCCUGUCAAGAAGAGGAAGAGAAAAUGCCUGCUGUUGUAAAUGUCCAAGUCCCUCGUUCUUGAUCCUGCCCCUUGGAACCUUUGUAUGCUUUGCUCAAAAACAGUGGAGCCUUCGCACUCAAUGCCAAGUUUUUGUUAAAGAUUAAUUUUUCCAUAAAACCAUUUUGAACCAAUCAGUAAUUUUAAGGGUUUGUUUUAAGUGUAUGAGCUCAAACUCACAUUCUAUUAAAAUUUAGCCCUAAAGUGACAAGCCUUCUUAAAGCCUUAUUUUUCGAAAGUCCCUAUUCUUGCUCAGAUUAAGAGUUGCCAAAAUACCUUCUGAACUAAAUUGCGUUGUGCUGAGAACACUGAGCACUAAACUGUUGGGAGACCUUUGUCUAAGAAGACUGCGCUUCUGAAGUCAGGAGGUGCAGACGCUUUCCGAGUAGUUUGAGAUCGUGUGAAGCAGCACAGCCUCCUUAAUGAAAUGUUGCCGUUUAAUGCAUCAGUAACUUAUCAGCCCAUGUUCACCACGUAACUGUACUGUAUGUUGUAAUGAAAUGAGUAUAACUCAGCUCUUUGGAUAAGUUUCUGAUUUCAUAGUGAGGUUUUUUUUUUUUUUAAUCAGUCGACUAGCUUUUGCAGAGACUUUGAACAGAACUCUCAUUCACGUGUUUCUUCUAAUGAAGUAUUCUGUUCCUAGUCGUGGGUGUGCUGGGUGGAGUGUGUGAAACACGACGUGAUCAAAGGAUGAAGACAGUAUUUUGACUAAAUAUAAGUGGAGAUUAAUUUACACUACAUUGUACACAGAAUAAUUCAACUGAAUAAAAAAGUGUCACGGGUAAAGAUUUUUAAAGAUUAAUUUCUGUCAAAUGCAGUAGAUGAAGAAAGGUCGGUAUUAAGUGUCUUUUCUUAAGCUUCUCCAUUUUCCUAUACUUGCCAUCCCUCCCGGAAUUGGGCAUUUAAUUCACUUUUGAACGGCCAUUCCCAUAGUUGCUAACUUAGUAAGUGCUUUUCUUAUAGAACCCCUUCUUAAUGAGCAAUAUGCCUCCUAAUUGUACUAUAAAUCUUUCUGAUAAUGCAUUAGUUUUUUUGUAGGUUAGUAAAAGUGCAUUCCUGUUUUCAUGUUACUUUAUUCAAAGCUAAUAAAUGCUUUCCUUAGUUUUCUAGUAACUAGGUGUAAAAAUCAUGUGUUGCAGCUUUACAGUUUUUAAAAUAUUUUAGAUAUUCUUCAACUAUGAACCUUCUUAACAUCACUGUCUUGCCAGAUUACCAACACUGUCACGUGACUAAUACUGACCCUGUUUACCUCACACACACACACGGACACACGCUUCCUGUUGUGGCUUUGCCUAAUGAUGUUCCUUUGGGUCUGUGAGGUUCUGUAAACUGUGCUAGUGCUAACAAUGUUCUGUACAACUUAAACUCACUGGCAAGAACACAAUGUUGGACCUUUCAACCACUAGAACAAAAUUUUUUAAAUUGACAGUUGCAGAAUUGUGGAGUGUUUUUACAUUGAUCUUUUGCUAAUGCAAUUAGCAGUAUGUUUUGCAUGUAUGACUUAAUAAAUUCUUGAAUCAUA